UAAUGCUUCCAAUCGAAUUCGUAAUUAGAAUAAUAAUCGCAGAAAGGAAGGUACCGAUCCGAUAAAAACACUUCGCUCUUUAAUGUGUGCGCUACUAGUGCUGCUGUCACUACUGCUCUGGAGGACAUCCACAUCGUUUGCGAAAGGGGGAAAGAACCGCGGUACACACGCCGUACAUCCGUCGUGCAGUAGGUACGAACUGCCACUCGAACACACGGUGUUCGGACGGUGUCUCGUUAACUUGCAUCAAAGACUAAUUUGCUCUAUUCAUCUAUCGUCUCAUUGGUUUUUCCUAUAUUUUUUUUUCUAUUUGCUUUUUUUAUUUGUUAUCUAUCUAUCUUAUGGAUCAAUUUUAUAUGACUAUCUGAUCUCGCUUGUUAUUCUGAUCCGGCGAACGGUUGCGUCAACAACGAGAAUCUCAGCAAAUUGAUAUCGAGAAUAAAAAACUAAUUAUAGAUAUCGAGAAAUUAGAUGUCGAGAAUAAAAAACUAAUUAUAACGAAUAUUCUGUUAGUAACAAAGAUUGACGAAUUAUCAGAACGGUGGAUUCGGCGAAUUAUUGGAUUCAAGACUUUUCGGAAUCGUAAAGUGGCGAUCAAAAACAGCUACAUCGACUAUCCUAGCUGGAGCCUGUGACAAGAAGCGGCUGGUUAAAAUUUAGUAGCUGAUUGUGUUCUAUAUUUUUAUAUUUAUAAAGUCAGACUACGAGAUGUCGUACAUUGUGGAGUGGUAUAGAGAUGUGAUCGACAACAAAUAUGAUCCAAGAACACAAGAAUGGUUUCUAGUAUCUAGUCCUGGUCCAGUUUUAAUGAUCAUAGCGACAUAUAUAUAUUUUUGUGUUUCCGCCGGACCGAGAUAUAUGAAGGAUAAGAAGCCAUACGAUUUGAAAAAUACACUGAUAAUUUAUAAUUUUAUCCAAGUUCUUGUAAGCCUUUAUCUUGUUUACGAAGGCUUGAUGGCUGGUUGGUUGUACGAAUAUAAUUUUAUUUGUCAACCUGUCGAUUAUUCAUAUAAACCGAGUUCAGUGAGGAUGGCCAAUGGUGUUUAUCUGUACUUUAUGUGCAAAUUGAUCGAGCUACUGGAUACAGUGUUCUUUGUUCUGCGCAAAAAAGAUCGACAGAUCACGUUCCUGCAUCUUUACCAUCAUUCAAUGAUGCCAAUCUGUGCCUGGAUUGGUGUGAAGUUUUUUGCCGGUGGUCAUCCGACUUUUCUUGGUGUCAUCAACUCCUUCAUCCACGUCUUUAUGUACACCUACUACAUGUUGGCCGCCUUUGGACCGUAUAUGCAGAAAUAUCUUUGGUGGAAAAAAUACCUAACUAUCUUGCAGAUUGUACAGUUUAUCAUAAUAUUUUUCCACAAUUUUCAAAUGCAAUUUACUAGCUGUAAUUUCCCCAAGCCACUUUCAUUUCUGCUCAUGAUCAAUGCUGGCUUGUUCACUUACAUGUUUGGAUCAUUUUAUGUGAAUAAUUAUUUGAACUCAAAAGUGGGACGAGUAUCGAAGACUAAUGGUGCUAUUAAUGGCUCUGUUAGUGUUAAUGAUAACACAAUUUCCAACAAGAUGAAGCAUGAUAAAUCCAAUUAAAAGACUUACGGAAUUCUUCUAGCUAUAGGACUGUAACUGUGAGAAUAGAAGAAUGAUUUUUCAAAGUUUUCUUCUUUCAAAAAUAGUUUAUUAGAGAACAGAUUAAAUUCUUGUGACAUAGAUGUAGAUAAUUAAAUGUCAUGUUCGUUAAAUAACGAGACAUUCUUCCAACUUUAGCAUUAUUCUGCCAAUAUUUCUGCAAUGCAAUGAAAAUAGAUUAACGCAAAAUAAUGAUAUUUUACAAGUAUGAAUGAAGAUGGAUUUGACUUACUUGUAUCAAGGACGAUCUACGUACAAGUGAUUCUUACAAAUUACACGUGAUUUAUUACAGCGAGAAUAUUCGAUUAUUACUCUAGUAUAAAUUUUAAAGACAUCUUUCUGAAAUGCGUAACGAUAUUAAUAUGAUGUAUAAUAUAAUUUGACAUGAAAUAUUAGACUAAAAUAAGUGCUAAAUUCUGUUUCAAAGUUUUAUCAAGAAAUUCAUGUUCGCAUGAUGUAAUUAAGAUAGGCGUCCUAUUGAAAUUUAUGUUUUAAAU